CAUCAAUUGAGUCACAAUAGAUUUACUCUUCUUCUCCCUAGACAGUCAUUUGUUUACGACGGACUGUGUCCGCUCCUUACUUCGCUCUAUCCUAUAGGUUCUUUCCUGAAUUUAAGUCUCUCUGCUUAUCGCCGCCUCUCUUCUGCAUCACCAGUCCGCUGUCCUACUCCGGACCCCGCUCUUUAUCAUGUCCAACUCAACCGGCUCUUUCUCUGCCCCUCCGCAAACCCUCACUUUCGACGGUCUACUUUCCGACUUUGAUGGUACCAUCAUCGACUCAACUGAUGCGAUCGUGAAACAUUGGCACAAAAUUGGUGCAGAGUUAGGCGUCGACCCCGCGACGAUUCUGGCCACUUCACACGGACGUCGAAGCAUUGAUACGCUGCAGCUGUAUGACCCCUCGAAGGCCAACUGGGAGUACGUCAGCUACGUUGAAGGCUGCAUUCCCAAGGAGUACGGAUCCGACGCCGUUGAGAUCCCCGGCGCGCGGUCCCUGCUGUCAGCGUUGGACGAGGCCGGCGCUCGCUGGGGUGUGGUGACAUCCGGAACGCGCGCCUUGCUCGAAGGCUGGCUGGGCGUGCUGAACCUCACGCAUCCGGACAUGCUGGUGGUGGCCGAGGACGUUGAGCUGGGCAAGCCCGACCCGCGGUGCUAUCUCCUGGGUCGGACACGUCUGGGUCUGGAGCACUCGUCGUCGCUGGUCGUGCUGGAGGAUGCGCCGUCCGGGAUCAAGGCGGGCAAGGCGGCCGGGUUCACGGUCAUUGCGUUGACGACGACCCACACGCUGGAGCAGCUUCAGGCGGCCGGGGCGGAUGUGAUUGUUGAAGAUCUGCGGAGCAUCAGUGUCAAGGGCGUGGUUGAUGGGCGGAUUCAACUGGAGGUCCAGAACGCCUUCCAGUGAAGAUAGAUACAUUUAGAAGCAUAGAGAGGGUUCU